CCAUGCUGGGGCAGCUGGCGAGCUCCCUGGCUCAGGUCUUCAUCUUAGGGAUGCCCUCUCGCCUGGCCUCGGUGUGGUUCGGCGCCGAUGAAGUGUCCACCGCCUGCUCCGUUGGAGUUUUUGGCAAUCAGUUGAUUACAGAAGGAGGGGAGGAACAUGAGCAGUCAGGAGGAGCUCUGUUCUGACUGGAUGGACAGCCACGAUGGAUCCUCUCCGACUAGAAAAGCCAGAACCAAUUUGGGACGAUUUAAUGGUCAACUCUCCCUGGGAAAUGCCAGCCUCAUAUCGAACUCCUCCAUUCAGGACACCUCACAGAUCUUCCCACUUAUGGAGACCAAGUUGUACAAGCGCCGUUGGGUCAUGCUCUUCCUCUUUUGCAUCUACUCAAUGAGCAACGCCAUGAUGUGGCUGCAGUACGGCAUCAUCGGAAACAUUUUUAAGCACUUUUAUGAUAUCGACAGCUUGUCCCUAGACUGGCUCUCCAUGAUUUAUUUCUUCACCUACAUCCCUCUCAUCGCGCCUGUCACAUGGAUGCUGGAGAACCGAGGCCUCAGGGAAGUGAUCAUGGUGGGCUCUGCCUUUAAUUGCAUCGGUGCUUGGAUCAAAACCAGCACGGCUCACCCAGACACAUUCGCUGUCACCUUCUUCGGACAGUUUGUGUGUUCAGUGGGUACUGUUUACAUCCUUGGAAUUCCAUCCAGACUUGCCUCUCUGUGGUUUGGGCAGCAGGAGGUUUCCACUGCUUGUUCCAUUGGUGUUUUGGGAAACCAGAUGGGCAUUGCCAUCGGGUUUCUGAUCCCGCCCAUCCUUGUGCCUAAUGUAGACGAUAUGGAUGAGCUGGCACGCCACAUUAAAGUCAUGUUCUACAUCAGCGCUGGAGUGGCCACUGUUAUCUUUAUCCUUGUGGUCAUUGUGUUUCAGGAGAAACCAGAGCUCCCUCCCACACAGGCUCAAGCUCAGGCUAGGUGCAUCCCCCCAGAGCAGUAUUCCUACGUGGGUUCCAUUUGGAGGCUACUGUGCAACAAGCCCUUCAUGCUGCUGGUUCUCAGCUAUGGACUCAAUGUUGGCUGUUUUUAUGCUGUCUCUACACUUCUGAACCGAAUGAUCAUUGAACACUAUCCAGGAGAAGAGGUAAAUGCAGGCAGGAUUGGUCUGACCAUUGUCAUUGCGGGCAUGGUGGGGUCACUCAUAUGUGGUAUUUGGUUGGACAAGACAAAAACCUACAGGCAGACUACGCUGGCCGUGUAUGUCCUCUCCCUCAUUGGGAUGCUGGUGUACGCCUUCACCCUCAACCUGGGUUACUUGUGGGUGGUGUUCGUUACAGCUGGAGUUUUAGGCUUCUUCAUGACAGGUUACCUUCCUCUGGGCUUUGAGUUUGCAGUAGAACUUACCUAUCCAGAAUCAGAGGGAACCUCAUCAGGACUCCUCAACUGUUCAGCUCAGAUCUUUGGAAUCAUCUUCACCAUUUCCCAGGGAAAGAUAAUAGACAGAUGGGGUACUUUGGCGGGAAACAUCUUCCUGUGCAUCUUUCUGCUGAUAGGAACUGUGAUGACUGGCUUUAUCAAGUCUGACCUCCGGAGGCAGAAGGCCAACCUUCAGGCGGAUGGACAAAUCAGUCCUGCAGGUUCAGAGACGUCAGUGCAAGAGUUCGAAGGCACAUCUUGCAGCAGCCCCUGGCAGAGGCAGUCUUGACAUAAACCUAACAAAACACACCUAACAAGAAAAUGGCUGCUGUUCUAGAUGAAAGCAUCGCUCCCCCUGUAAUCUUGAAAUAAGAAAAGCUUUAAAUGGGGAAUACAAGAAGUAGUCGCCAUGCCUUGAUGAGGCUGAUUGGUCGCUGUACCAACCGACAAACCUGUUGGAUAUUUGUUGUACUGUGCAACACCAUAUGCCAUGAGGACAUGAACGUAACACUCUUUCAUACACUUACAAUGCACUUCAACCUCAAAUAUCUUCACAUUCCUUUUUUAUUUUUAUUUUUUAAACCUUUUGAAUUAGUGUCAAAUGUUGUGUUAUGUCACUACUAAUGAGCAAUAUUGUAAAGUUCCCCCCUAAUAGGCAAACUCGUUUGCUGCAUGUUGCACUAGUGGCUAGCAUUUCGGCCGCACUGUCAGGACAUUGAGGGGCAUCUUUGUGUGGAGUUUGCAGGUUCAAUGGAAUGUUUCCUCCCACAUCCCAUGUGAGGUUAAGUCUCUAAAUUGUCCAUAGGUGUCUAUAUGUUUUCUGUGAUUGACGGGGAACCAGUUCAGGGUGUAGCAAGCCUCUCACCCAAAGUCAGCUGGGAUAGGCUCCAGCGCACUCGUGACCCUAAUGAGGACAAGCGGUGUAGAAAAUUGAUAAAUAUUAAUCAGAGCUUGUUCAUGAGCAUCAAAUGUGUUUGUUCCACUUUUGACAAAAGAGUCGUUCAAACGGUCACUUUUCAUGACAUCAUUAAGGAAUAACCUUCCUGAUUGACAUGAACCGCCCCUAACGUGAUGAGCUGGUCCCAUUUAUACAGCCACCACUUUAAGGAGGACAGCGUUGUCAGAAAAACAAAGCAGGCCUCACUUCACAGCUUAAAAUAAAGCCUGGAGCUCUGCCAACAAACUGUCAAUCAGCUACACAGUUGGGGGCUGUACGUUUAUUUAGUUUUUAUUUAGCAAACAGGCCAACUUAGUUUGAGGUUGCUGUUAAAGUGAGUGUAAUGUUAGUAUUGUAGCUGACAUAGCUGUGCUAGUUAACAUUUUUGUCCUCCUGUCCCACUCCUUAAUUUUUUUAUAUCGUAUUUAAUAUUUGGCCUUUUUUACGGCGGAUAAGUGCAGGGUUACAGUGUCUAUGUAAAAAGUAGAUAAAGUGCACACUUGCUCUUCAUGAGGCAGACACUGUGAUCAUCAUGCUACUGUAUAUAAUAGGAGGGCUCAAAAAAUCGAUUCACAUCCAAAUUGCGAUUUUUGUUUAUUUUGACUCUAAAUCGAUUCAUAAUUUUUAAGCCAAAACUAAAUUGUAUGCCAACAGCCAAGCGUAGCUUUUGUAACCUGUUUUGAAAAGGUUUUGUUAUGAUUUAUAUACCAAAUAAUAUAUUACAAAAAUCGUGUUGAAUCUGAUACUGAAUAGAAUCGUCACCCCAAAAAUCAGAAUUAAAUUUAAUUGAAUUGUUGGGUGGCCAAAUAUUCUCCCACCUCUACUGGACAAACACAGCACAUUAUAAUUAAAGCUACUUUUCAAAUACAGUAGGACCUUAAUUUAUGAGAUUAAUUGGUUAAUAUGAUGAGCUCCUGACACACCAGUGUCUCAAAUCGUCUCCUAUAAAUUAAAAUCAAUAUAAUUGAUGCUUGCAAAAACAGCACAAUUUUAACAUCUAAAAUGUCCUUUUAAAAUAGAAACUAUCUUUAAGAUAAGAAAUAUUGAAUGAAAAACAAACUACAGUAGUUGUAGCAAGUAAUGAAAUAAUACAGUAUUUAUCUUGGAGAGUGGACUGCUACAGUAUCUCUUUUUGAGCUGCUUCUCCGUCAAAUACCAUCAGCAGCUUCUCCAUAUUUUUUAUGGAUACGUUUCGGCCAUUCAUAUAUUAUUUUAACAAUCUCUGGUUGCUUUGUCAACUCAUUCUGCUUUACUAUGGUGCACUAGUAGUGAUCUGCUGAAAUGUCUUUAAUUCAAUGAACCUCAACUUCUUUUGGUAUUCUCAGCACUGUCCUUCACAUUCACUUUCUUCAUUCCCAUGGUUAGAAAACAGUUAUGUCAAUAUCUUGCUGUAAGCUAAUGCUAGCGAAUAAGGCCGGAUGUUGUGGUCGGCUCUUACAAGGUUGACUAACAUUUGCUAUCCCGACAAAGAGCAAUCAUGCAUUUAACAAUUUUUUUUACCUGCAACUUAAGGCAUAACAUUUAGCCGAAAGACUGUUCUUAUCUCAAAACACCCUUAAGUUAGGGCACUCUUAAGUUGAGGUACCACUGUACACCUUCUUGGGGUCAUUUAGAAAUGUUAGAAAACCGUAGAAUAUGGACCUUUUAAUGUGGUUCAACCUUUUCUUUGUUGAAGCUUUUAUUUUAAGUACUGUUUUUAGAACAUUUAACAAGGACAGCUGUGUUUUACUGUCAUGUCAGCUGGAAGGCUUUCUGCCUGCCAUAGGACGUAUUACCUCUGAAUUCUACUGAUUGCAAUAUCUGAUGCUGUGCAUCUUGUGUACACUUAGUAGUAGUUUUGUCCUUGCUUUUCUAGAAGUGACCUCUUCAGGACCUGGAAGACAGAAGAAGAAACUUGAGGAUAUAUUUCUGCUUCACUAUGCAAGAGGAAGAGGCACAUUGGUCAUUUUGCACAAGAAUAUCAAUAUAUUUUAUUUAGUCAAUUGUGCUUUACUAUUACACCCGUUACUCAAGUAAACUAGUAGUGUGCAUAGUUGGUUUUAAACUUGUUUUAUUUAAUAUGUUGUGGCUCGUUUGUUGUCUUGUGAUUUCUUUUCUCCCCCCCCCAAAGAUGAUGUAAUUGUUAGUGGUGCUAAUUUAUCAUAUUGUGGAAUUUAAGGACAAAGCUGUGGAGUAGCUUUGACAGAGCUUGUCAUUUAAACACAUUCAAUAAAGUAUACUUCAAGUAAUUAUCUGACUUUUGACUGGAGUGGAAUGAUUUUCAUGACACUCGAAGUAAACACGAAUGAGUGCAGUUUCUUUU